UUUUUUUCUAUAAAUCCCCAUGCAUUUCACUUGUUUUCCAUCACUAAAAUCCCAGUUUCUAAAACACCCUUUGUGGUAAAGCUAUGGAGAGUGGUGAGUCCAGCAAGAAAUCUUCUUUCCAGCUUCAAAAUCAGUCCCCUUCGCCUCCUUCGAGUCCUUUCUCGAUAAAAAAGAUCAUUUUCGUGGCUUCAAUUGCCGCCGGUGUUCAAUUCGGGUGGGCCUUGCAGUUAUCACUGCUAACCCCAUAUGUUCAGCUCCUCGGUAUCCCUCACAAAUGGGCUUCUCUCAUUUGGCUCUGUGGACCCAUCUCUGGGAUGCUGGUGCAGCCCAUCGUUGGUUACCACAGUGACCGUUGCACCUCCCGUUUCGGCCGUCGCCGGCCUUUCAUAGCCACGGGAGCCGCCCUGGUGGCCACAGCGGUGGUCCUUAUAGGCUUCGCUGCCGACUUAGGUCAUCUCUUUGGGGAUUCCUUGUCUACCCAAACGAAGCCGCGUGCCAUUGUGGUGUUCGUAAUAGGGUUUUGGAUCCUAGACUUGGCUAACAACACGUUACAAGGUCCAUGCAGAGCGUUACUGGCUGAUAUUUCAGGGAAUAACCAGAAGAAAACGCAGGCCGCAAACGCCUUCUUUUCGUUUUUCAUGGCGGUCGGGAACGUCCUCGGCUUCGCCGCCGGUUCCUACACCCACCUCCACAAAAUCUUCCCCUUCGCAACCACGAAAGCUUGUGAUGUUUACUGCGCAAAUCUCAAAAGCUGUUUCUUCUUCUCAAUUCUGCUCUUGUUAACCCUCACUUCCAUCGCUCUCAUGUACGUGCAUGAAAAGCCAUGGUCACUGGAACCUGAAAAGGCCGGUAGCGUGAGUGGCCGUGAGAUUGAGGUCGAGGAAGCAGCAGCAGCGAAAGCAAUCCCGGUGCCCUUCUUUAUGGAAAUAUUCGGUGCUCUUAAGGAAUUGAAAAGACCCAUGUGGAUUCUCCUGGCGGUGACGUGUCUCAAUUGGAUUGCAUGGUUCCCUUUCUUGCUGUUUGACACUGAUUGGAUGGGGAGAGAGGUCUACGGUGGCGAUUCAGUGGGAAACAACCUCGUAUUGAAGCUCUACAAUUCAGGGGUACAUGCAGGCGCGUUGGGGCUCAUGUUGAACUCUGUGGUGCUGGGUUUCACGUCCCUUGGGGUGGAGAUCUUGGCGCGUGGGGUUGGAGGCGUCAAUAAGCUUUGGGGGAUUGUCAAUUUUUUGCUUGCUUUUUGCUUGGCCAUGACGGUUUUGGUGACCAAAUUGGCUAAGUCAAGCCGCCGAUUCAUCACCGUAGACGGCGUCGUAGUCCCUUUGCCGCCACCUGCCGGAAUCAAGGCCGGGGCAUUAUCUCUAUUCUCAGCACUGGGGAUACCCUUAGCUAUAACUUACAGCAUUCCUUUUGCAUUGGCAUCCAUAUUUUCAAGUUCCUCUGGUGCAGGCCAAGGUCUCUCUCUGGGAGUGCUGAAUCUCGCCAUAGUAAUACCGCAGAUAUUGGUGUCUUUGGGGAGUGGACCAUUUGAUGCAAUAUUUGGAGGUGGAAACCUACCGGCUUUUGUACUCGGAGCAGUUGCGGCGGCGGCAAGUGGAAUAUUUGCCUUAACCUUGCUCCCAUCUCCACCACCUGAUGUCCCUGCUACCAAGACUGUAACUGCUGGCUUUCAUUAACAGUCAGUACUAGAUAUUUCCUUUGUGGUUUCUCCCCCCCUCCCCCAUCCUUUUGUUAUUAUAUAAAGCACCGAACAUAGAACCCUAACCGGCAUUUUUUUAUUAAAAGAAGUGCCAACGCUUAGCUGAUCACAUGCCGUUUUGGUGUUAAAA